AAAGAUCAGCAUUUGCCUUCCCAUUUUCCAUUUUGGGUGAAAGAUGGGGAAGUUUUUCAAGAAUGUUGGCGUGCUGUUUGCAAUGUCAUUGAUAUUGGUGUUGUUUGUUGUGGGAAUAGGAGAAGGACGGAGAAUUGAGAAAGAGACCAUUGGUGGUGGGACAGGUGGAGGAUUUGGAGGUGGAGCUGGUGGUGGUGUAGGUGGAGGCAGUGGUGUUGGGGGUGGUGCAGGUGGAGGAUUUGGAGGUGGGGCAGGUGGUGGUGUAGGCGGAGGAAGUGGUGCAGGUGGAGGCAUUGGAGGUGGUGCUGGGGGUGGCAAGGGUGGUGGUGUAGGGGGAGGUGCUGGUGCUGGGGGUGGUGCAGGUGGUGGCUUUGGAGGUGGCAAGGGUGGAGGUGCAGGUGGAGGUGUUGGGGGUGGUAAGGGUGGUGGUGUAGGUGGAGGUGCUGGGGGUGGUGCAGGCGGUGGCAAGGGUGGAGGUGCGGGCGGAGGUGGCGGUGCAGGUGGUGGUGUAGGAGGAGGUGUUGGGGGUGGUGCAGGUGGAGGCUUUGGAGGUGGUAAGGGUGGUGGUGUAGGCGGAGGAAGUGGUGCAGGUGGAGGCAUUGGAGGUGGUGCUGGGGGUGGCAAGGGUGGUGGUGUAGGGGGAGGUGCUGGUGGUGGUGCAGGAGGAGGUGUUGGGGGUGGUGCAGGUGGAGGCUUUGGAGGUGGUAAGGGUGGUGGUGUGGGGGGAGGUGCCGGUGCUGGGGGUGGUGCAGGUGGUGGAGUAGGAGGAGGUGUUGGGGGUGGUGCAGGUGGAGGUGGUGGUGUUGGCGGUGGUGCAGGUGGUGGUUUUGGAGGAGGGGCAGGAGGUGGAGUCGGAGGUGGUGGAGGUGCAGGAGGUGGAGCUGGAGGGGGAUUUGGAGGUGGCUUUGGGGGAGGAAGCGGAGGUGGCAAGGGAGGUGGUGGAGGUGUUGGUGGUGGGUUGUAAUCUCAAAAUUUAAAACUUAAGAGGCACCAUAAUAUAAAUAGGAAGCAAUGUAUGUGCAACUUAUGGAGUAUCUACGCGCUGUUGUAAUUUUACCAAGUACUUUGAAAUAAUGAAUAAGGAAACAUUAAAUGUGGUUUCUUAUUAAA